AUGUGUCCCCCCUGUCGGUGUUGAGCCGCGCUCCUGAGCACAGUUCGUGCCCACUGAACAGCGGCGGAAGAGCCAGCAGUUGGGGUGAUGGCUGUGUCAGGGCCCCUACCCUGCUUGCCAGCUCUUCCUGGACCCCUCCGUCCACUGAGCCCUACGGCUGCGGCCGCGCUGAGGGAUCCGGCACAGAUUCCGGUGACUACCGAAACGCAGACGGACUUCGCACAGGGCUGUGCGACCUUUGAGGACGUGGCCGUUUACUUCUCCCAGGACGAGUGGCGGCUCCUUGAUGAGACUCAGAGGCUGCUGUAUCUCAAUGUGAUGCUGGAGAACUUUGCACUUGUAACCUCACUGGUGUGCGGACAUGGACUGGAAGGUGAAGAGACACCUCCUGAGAAGAGGGCUUUAGUAGCAGGAGUGUCACAGGCCAGGACGCCAAAGGUUGGUCCAUCCACCCAGGAGACUCACCCCUGUGAACUGUGUGUCCCAGUCCUAAAAGACAUUUUGCACCUGGCUGAUCUGCCUGUGCAGAAAACGUGUUUGACUGGUGUGUGUGCAAACCUUCACCAGCACCAGAAGCAUCGUAGUGCAGAGAAGCCCUUGAAGAGUGAUGUGACAGAGGCAUCGCUUAUGAAGAGCUGCACAUUCCAUGCAUCAGGGAAGCCUGUCACCUGUGAGGUGGUUGGAAAGGACUUCCCAGCCACGCUGGGCCUUUUCCAGCCCCAGGACAUUCCCAACUAUGAGAAGCCAAACAAAGUCACCGAGAGUAGGGAGGCCUUUCAUAUUGGAAUAAGCCAUUACAAGUGGGGGGAGUACAGGAAAGCUAGCCACAAACAUGCUCUUUUUCACCACCCAAGAGUCCACACUGGAAAAAAGCGUCAUGAAUCUACAAAAUGUGGAAAACUCUACCGCUGCAAGUACUCACUUACUCAGCUCCAGAAGGUCCAUCCUGGAGAAAGGCCUUACGAAUGCAGUGAAUGUGGGAAAUGUUUCAGCCAAACUUCGCACCUGAAUGACCAUCAGAGAAUCCACACUGGAGAAAGGCCGUACGAGUGUGGGCAGUGUGGGAAAUCAUUUAGCCAAAGAGCCACCCUCAUCAAACAUCACAGAGUCCACACUGGAGAAAGGCCUUACGAAUGUGGUGAGUGUGGGAAAUCAUUUAGCCAAAGUUCCAAUCUCAUUGAACACUGUAGAAUUCACACUGGAGAGAGACCUUAUGAGUGUGAUGAAUGUGGGAAAGCCUUUGGUUCCAAAUCCACUCUUGUUCGGCACCAAAGAAUUCACACAGGGGAAAAGCCUUAUGAAUGUGUUGAAUGUGGAAAAUUCUUUACACAAAGUCACAGUCUGCUUGAACACCGGAUAAUUCACACCGGAGCAAGGCCCUAUGAGUGUGGCCAAUGUGGGAAGUCCUUUAGUCUAAAAUAUGGCCUCAUUCAACACCAGCUAAUUCACAGUGGAGCCAGGCCUUUUGAGUGUGACCACUGUGGAAAGUCUUUUAGCCAAAGAGCCACCCUCAAUAAGCACUACAAAGUUCACACUGCAGAAAGGCCUUACGAGUGUGAGGAGUGUGGGAAAGCUUUCAUGUUCAAAUCCAAACUUGUUCGACACCACAGAACUCACACUGGAGAAAGGCCUUUUGAGUGCAGUGAGUGUGGGAAAUUUUUUAGGCAAAGCUAUACCCUUGUUGAGCACCAGAAAAUUCAUACAGGAUUAAGGCCUUAUGAAUGUGGCCAGUGUGGGAAAUCCUUUAUUCAGAAGUCUGGCCUUAUUCAACACCAGGUAGUUCACACUGGAGAAAGGCCCUAUGAGUGUGGGAAAUGUGGGAAAUCCUUUACACAACAUUCUGGCCUCAUUCUCCACCGAAAAUCUCACAGCAUGGAGAGGCCACGGGAAAGCAAAUGUGGAAAAGCCUUCAGCCCAAGGUCUAGCAUUGUUUAGCUCCUGAAAGUCCAUCCUUGAGGAAAGCGUAGGCCUGCAGGAUGUGUGCCAUUUCUUUUUAUUAUUAUUAUUAUGACACAAAUAACCUUUCUGAGCUAGUCAUCUGCCUGAAGUUGAACCUCGCACUUCCAAACAUCCAAAAGGAUAUAAUCAAUUCUCCAUUGAUUUCAGGCAUUUGGUGAGGCUUUUAGGAGCUGCUGUGCAUAUUCUAAACUGCCCAGAGUCCUUGCCAGAAUUACCAUUUCCAAUUAUCGCUGGUAGAAGCCAUCUUCCCUGUCACCUUGCAUAGUGUGCAAGAAUCACCUGGCAUGCUGAAGGAAGGCAGGCAUUUGUGUGCUUUACCUGGAGGAAGUCUUGAGCAGUCUGAGCCUUUUGGAAGACUUGAUUUCCUUUUCUGAAGGAUUAAAGCCUAUAUCUGACCCAGUUUUGCUCAGGAGGAAUCCAUCUGCAUUCUGCUGGAGGCGUCCAUGAAUGGCUUACCUUUUUCAUGAAGAUUAUUGGUUUUACAUGCCACUUGUGGUUGAUUUUUUUCCCAGCCUUCCAGCCAUUGAUAACUGCCAACACUGCUGGUUUUUGCACUAAUAAAUGCUUUAUUGUUGAAUCCACCUGAAGUCUUGGGUCUUC